AUGCCAGCCAUUAUCAACUCCCCCCCAACCCAAAAACAGCUCCCGAGACUCCCGAAAUCCCGCUUCGCCAUCUCCCCUCCCCUAGAGGCCGGCCCAUCCCCAACUCACCGGCUUCCCUCCAACGUCAUCGACGCCCUAGAAUACGCCUCUCGGCGCCUUGCUAAGAAAGCAACCCACCACAUCACCCUCCUCGCCAUCACACGAGAGUAUGAGCUCCCCGAGGCGAUGGUCUUCCGGCCUAAGCCAUACCCCUCACCGCCGCCAACUCAGACCAAGCAGAAUGGUGAAUUCGGCAUAUCCUCGGGUCGGCCCUUCUUCUCGUCUAUCCCGGGGAAGAAUAACAAGAGCAAGAGCAAGCUGGACGCCCUAAAACAGCUUGUUCGCGGCAGUGGAUUGUCAGGGUCCAGCGAUGGGGGCGACAUCCGUGAAAGGAUUGUGCACGUCCAUCGGGACGCUCAAUACCGUCGCAACAACCCUGGUGUUUCGGGGGCUGUCAGAGGGGGGAAUAUCUCCCCUGCGUGGAGCGAGGCCUCGGCGAACUCGUCGGUGGCAGACUCGACCCUAAGCAGCCCCAGAACAUUGGGCAUGAAGUGGCCUGGUAGUCCGGUGUCGUCGAUGACGUCUCCGACUACACCGGGGAGCGUGCCGUUAACACCGGCGACCCCGUGGUCGGUUGUUUCGGAUGCCGAGUCCAAGGUCGGGACUGAGGAGAGGAAGAAGCCGUUUGGGAUCAGGCUCACGUAUGCUCAUCCGCUAGAGCAGAGCGAGGAGAAGGCGUUGGCGAAGGUAUUGGAAAAGGCGGGGAGGAGGUUUAAGGUUGACCCCCUCUGGCUCCCAACCCCCAUCCCUCCAUCCCACCUCUCCCUUCCGGUUGACCUGGUCCUCGCUUCAACAGCUCAAAACGACCGGCUCUUCACCUCUGACCGCCUCACUCUCCUCACGCUAGAUCACGUUUACACUUUCCGUGCCGCUCUUCUGUCCUACUCUCGCUCAUCAUCCUUCCAUCAACAGGCCAGCCCUGAUCCAAGCCCGAGUUUUGUUCCGCGGAUCCCGGCCAUGACACCAUCCGCUUCUCCCGAAGGGCAGAAGGCCCUCGAGGAUGCGGUUGAUGAGUUGCGAAAGCUGUUCCUCGCCAAUGGAAGGAAGCCACUCAAGAAGGCUACCCUGAUGGCUGCAUAUCGGUGGAUUGGACCGCCAGAUUGCGUUAUGGAAGAAGUCUUUAAGGAGUUUUCGAGGGUUUAUCGCAGAGUUUAUGCUGCGAUUGAAGAGCGUCUGGGUAUCUUUGAUGAUGAGGAAUCAGACCAGGAUGUGCUCAGCCUGCGGAACGAGGUCGCGGUACCAGUAGUGAUGAAGAGGGAGCAGAAGAAGCUAACAAACAUGUCUGAGUCUCCUCGUUUGACUCCCAUGGUUGAGGAGGUUAGACAAGAACAGCAGAGGCAAGACCUACUGGGGCUGGAGGAGCCGGAGAGGACAGCUAAGGAUACUGACACCCUCGACUUUGAGGAUAUCGAGGCUUGGUACCGCGCCGUGCAAGAUAUCGUCAUUGAGUACCCUGCUCCCCAGAAUAAACAACCCCUUUCCCCAUUAGCUGGAUCGCCAACGAAAAAGGAGAGACUCUUCUCUCCGCGUCCAGCACCCCUCAACCUCAGUCAUAGCAACAUCCUCCCGACCCCCUCUCCAACGUCAACCUCUGAGCCUAAGCCCGAGCCGCUAAGGCCGAAGGUGAACGAUGAAGAAAUCCCCCCAUCACCAACAUCACCGCCCCCAGCCCCAACAACCGCCACACUGCCCCCGUUCCCCUGGAGAGAGAUGGUUGAAGAGGCAGAGAAAGAGCGUCAAAAAGAAAAUGAGAAACAGCAACAGCGAAAAAAGGACGAAAACUUGGUGCAGAGUAAGGUCAAAGGGAUGGGGUUGAAGUUGCAGACCAAGUUUGAGAAGCCCAUAAAGAAGUUUGGUGUGAAACAGCAGGUUGUAGAGCAAGACCAAGUUAGGAAAGCCAAGGAUGUCGAGGAGGAGGGGGAGGAGGAGGAGGAGGAGGAGGAGGAUGGGGAUCUGACAGCUCGUCCACUGCCCACCCAACAGGGGACGAGAUAUGAUCCUUGGUCUAAUUAUGCCACCCCAACAGCGGAGGGGAUGAGACCUAGGGGACGAGGAGUCCCGUCUAUCGACGGUAUGCUUCUGGAAAACCAGGGUUUGAACUGGAGUAUGGAACACUACCGUCUUGCGACGGGACAAUAUCCUAUUACUCCAGCAGAUGAUGAGGAUGACGGUGUUGAAAGAGUUGGGCCGAAAACGCCCAACGGAGAUGAUGAUAUUUCUCCUAUCACGAGGGGAGAGUGGGGCUUUUUAAUUGGUGGCGUGAAGAGGCGUUUGGCGAAUGUUGGGAGAUGCUGA